AUGUUAUAAGACUUAAAAUAAAGUUAAGUCUAUGAUGAGAUUCAGCAAUAAAUUAGUAUUAAUGAAUAACCCAAUCAAAAGUAGCAGAUGUAGAAUAAAUAUAUGAUGAAAAAUGAGAAUGAUAAGAAGAAUAAUUUAAAUUGUAGGGUGUAAAUAUUUUAACCACCUCAAUAAUUAGAAAGCUUAAAUAUAACUUAAAAUUCAAUAAAUUCAUCUUAUCAUGAAAUUAUUGAAAAUUUAUACGAUAAACUUUAAAAUAAAAAGUAAAUUAUAUAAUAAGAUAAUCAUGUUGAAAAAUUAUAAUAAAGUCAAAAAAACAGAAGUAGAAUUUAGUAUAAAUCAUUUAGUAAAAGAUAUACAAAUUCAGAAGGUAGUUUAAAAUAUGAAUAGAAAAGAUAAUUAAGUCUUUAAGAAGAUAAUUAAAUUGAUUGUAUUAAUAAAUACGAAUAUUAAGAAUCAAAAUAUGUAUAAUAUGGACAUUAAUAAAAUAAUGUCUUAUAAAAUUAUCAAAGUUAAUAUAUUAAUGAAAUUUAAAAAAAGAAGUAGGACUAAUUGUCAUGUUAAUUUUAUUCAAAAAAUACUAAAAAAGAUAUGAUUAAAAAUAAUUAAACCAUUUUUUAAAGAUAAAUAAAAGAGGAAUAGGAUCACAAUGAUUCAAGUGAAUCAAAUAAAUCUAGAAUCUCUAAGAAUAUUUCAGAAUUUUAAGAUUAAAUAGAUUUAUAAUCUAAACAUGAAGAAAAAUAAAGUUUAAGAAUAUCAAAAAUAUCUGAAUAUAGUGAUCAAAUGAAAUAUGAAAGUAUUGAAAAUAGCUUUGGAUAUUAUUUUGAUAGCAAUAAAAGUUCAAUUAACCAUACUCCAUAAAUGAAAUCCUUAAAAGAUAUUAAAAUCAACACUCAAAUUCCUAGUCUCAAAAUUUAAAAAUAAGAUAAUUAGAAAUACUUUUCUUAGGCAUCCAGUCCCUUGUAAAAUACUCAAAAUAAGAAAUUUAUUAGGAAUAAUCCAUCAUAAAUUAUAAUUGAUAGUUCUGCUUCUUAAUUAAAUAUAAUUUCCCCUGUAGUAAAACACAAUGAUAGUGGAUUACAUAAAAAUACUAUUUCUUUUGGGUAAUAACAGGAAUACAACAGUUUUAAAAAACCAGUAUAGAAUAAAACAUCUUUUUUUGAAUAGAAAUCUCCAAUAAAUAAAACUUAUGAAUAUUAUAGAAAAAAGAAUAUAUCAAAAAUAAAUAAAUAAAAUGAGUAAGCAUUAAAGAUAUAAGAAUAAAAAUCUUAAUCUGAAAAAAAGUUGUAAAAUUUUGAGUAUGAAAAGAAAAUUAAAGAGCUUGAGCAAGAACUUAAACUGAAAGAAGAACAAUUAAAAUUUAAAGAUGAUAUAAUAAAUGAAUAAAUUGAUAAAAUUAAAUCCUAUAGCUAAAGAAUAAAUCAGAUUCCAAAUGAAGAUGAUUGGAAUUCUGAUUUCCAUAAUAUAUGUGAAUUUAUUGAUGAUUAUCAAAGAAACAUAUAUUAAUUGAUAUCUCAUAAGAAUUCAAAUAAAUAAUAUAUUAAUUUGAUGAAAUAAAAAUUUUAGGAAUAAUAUAAGGAUAAACUCAAUUAAAAUAUUAAUAAUAAUUAAAAUUAGAAAAAUUAACAAAAAUCUGAAUAACAAACAAAUCCAGAAAUUAUAAACAUUUAGAAACAUUAAAUUUUAUAGCCUAUUUUCGAAAAUAUGAUAAUGCUAUAAUAAAAAUCAAUAACAUUUGGAUUUGAAUUCGGUCAUACUAUUUAAGAGCUCUUUUAAAAAUUGUUUUUUCUUAGCAAAAGAGAGAAAUUUAGAAUUAGAUUACUUGAUAUGAAUGAAUGUUUAAAAUAUGAAAUACAAGAAUUAAUUAAUUUUUUAAAGAAUCAGAAAAAUAAUUAAAAUAUAAAUGAAUUAAAAGAAGCACUUGAAUCAGAAAUAAAUAUAUAAAAAUACAUUUAUUAAACUAUUUUUAAUAUAACCAAUCUUUUCAAAGAAAGGAUAAUGUAAAUAUAGGAAGGACAUAAAUAAAUGUAAGAAUAAUUGAAAAAAAAUACUCAUUGUAAUUGA